CACAAUAUUAGUGUUGCAACAAAUAGAUAAAAUCUCGAUCAAUUCGGAAGCAAGCAAAACAGUUUAAACGAAAGAGUGGCCCACAUUUCCCAAGCAUUCUUGGUGCGACUUGACCCCUUUAAUUGAUUCAAACUAAUUAAAAUAAUUGCAUACCUACCACAAAUAAAAACUUAUCACAUAAGAUUCAGCUAAAUUUACCCUAAAUUGAAUAGAGAACACGGUAAAAAUGCGAGAUAAAAAGUCACGCUCGAGUUGGCAAGCGGAUGAAUACAAAUGACUCGUUUACAAGAUACCUCCAUGGGUAAUGCAAUAAGGUGAAGUCAUUACAAUUACGAAGGUCCCGGGACAAUUUGCCAAACACUUGAAGUGUUUGUAAACAAGGUAUUUCUAUGUUACCCUUUGGUGCUGUUUUAUUAAGCUAGUUUAUCAAGACUUGAGAAGUUCAUCGAUUGCUGACUGCGCAGUGGGACCGACAGUCUCCGCCGAGCGUGCAGGAUUUAAGACAGGCCAGGGAUAUCACGUGAUUACUAUGAUGUCUGACACCAACACCUCGUUUCUGAGUAAUGUGGAAUGUGCGGAUAGAUACAAGUUAUUCCCCUUUGAUAAUGUGACGUUUUGUGGAGCAGUUCACGACGGGCUGAUGUGUUGGCCGCCCACAGCGGCCGGUGAAACUAUUAGGAUAAAGUGUCCACCUUAUCAAGGAUUCGAUCCCAGUAAAGAGGCGGUUCGGAAAUGUGGUAGAAACGGAAGUUGGGAGGAAAUUUACGAAUCCAUUGUGACGAUCUCUAAAACGAACUUUGCCGACUGCGUCAUACCGUCUGAUAUCGACAUAUUCCGGAAAUUUGACGAUCGCGACCGACAGUCAGCGCUGGCGAUGAGCGCCGUGGCGCUGUCUCUUCUUAUCUUGUCUUUGCUUAGUAUCAUUAUUGUUUUCUUAUUGUAUUACUGCAUUCUUCCUAAGUUUGUAAACGGCAUUCUUCAUGUUAAGAUUCACAAAACCCUCUUUGUAGCUGCCGUUUUGGACAUAUUAGCAAAAAUAGCCACACAUGCUUUGUUCAUCUAUGAACUAAGUAACAUUUCAUUUAUUAAUUCUAUAAUAUUUACAAGUUUUGUGUGCAAAUUCCUGGCCACGUUUAAACAGUACACCGAAAUAGUAUUCCUUGGCUGGAUUGCAGUGGAUUCCAAUUUUCUACAGAUAUUAAGCAAGUCUGACCAUCUGUGUAGUUUCGGGUUUUCAAUGUAUUGCAUUGUGGGAUGGGGAUUACCCAUCGUGCCCUUGACGCUGUGGGUUGUCACCCUGGUGGUGGACCACAAAGUACAAUGCUGGAUCGACCAUACGUCACAUCCGGUCAUGUGGGUGAUUGACAUUUACAAACUCUUUAUUCUGACCAUCACAUUUGUUUUUCUGUUGAUGGCGAUGGUUAGACUUCACAUGAAGAUACACAAGGACAAAAUUUACGACCUUCCAAAGUUGAAAUAUGAGGUAACCCUGUCGUGUAUCUACUUCGUGUAUGUGUUUGUAUCUUACGCUCUGGUGGUAGUGCCGACCCACAGUCCACUACGGACUCACCAAGUGGUCCAACAUUUAGCCGUUAUUUUUACGUCAUCCAGGGGGCUAUGUGCCGCCAUAGUAUACGCUUUUGUGAAUAGAGACUUCUUGAAAUUCCUACAGCAUAACGAUGUACGUAUGCGUUUUGGGAAAUAUCUUGCUCUGAAUAUUCAGUAAGUUUUCCAAAAGUUUUAAAUGAAUUGAAUUUUUGAACACAUUUUAUUGACAAAAGCAUUGGAAGGAUUGAGUACUUUUCAAUGAUGUACACUUUAAACAUGCAUUUUAUACAGAGUGAGUGAAACUAUAUCAUUUUUUAAAAUGAUCGAAUAAAUAACAAACAAACUAAUAUUAUGGGACAUAAAAAUUAGCACUUACAAGCUUUAAUUUGUGAAAAAGGUCUUAAAUUUGUGGAGAAUGAAUGGUUGCUUUCUUUAAAAGUCAGGUUACAUUACAUGAUUUUUUGUUUUCUUGCAAAUUUUGUUACAAAAUCUCCUCGCGUCACUCUGAAUCCAAAUGAUACAUCUGUUAGCUUUUAUGUCUGUGAUGCAGUUUCCAGAAGUGACGUUUGUAUACAAUAUUAAUUCGCUAUAUUUUAUGCAGUGUGUUAAUACUUUGUGUUGUUCUUGUAUUUUGUAUAUGUGAAUAUUGCCGCAAAUAAAAAUAAUUUUUAGGCGAAAAA